GGACACAGAGGAGGGAGAGGCAGAGAGAUGAGGCCAGCUUACACACAGCAAACACGAGUAACAGGAGGAGUGCGUGAAAGAGCGGGCAUUUACAGUCUCUCCCUGACCCCAGAAGGACGGGGAGGAUUGUGCACCUAUACAUUUGACAGAGUCAACGAGUAACAGCAGAGAGGAGGAGAAAGAGCUGAGGUGGAGUCGAGAUCCUGUGCUUUCCUGGACAUUGGUGACUUGACUGUUACAGCAAAGAGGAGUCAGAGAGAAAAGAGGAGGCACACAAGAAAUCAUGUUUUUUUGUUUUUUUUUUUCCUAGUGAGGCACGGUAGCUUGUGUCUUCUCUCCUGGAGUGUAUGUGAAAGAUGUCUGAGGAGUAUGAUAGAUGAGCAAUACAAUAUGAAGAACUAGGAGUCCAGGAGGAGCACUCCCUGAAGAAAUGGCUCAGGCUAAAUGCCACAAAGACAGAGGACUGUCAUCCAAUCAGAACACUCAACGUGUGUCUGGCAAGGCCAUGGCCUGGAAGGGUCCCCGCACAGUGGUGCUGGAGAAGAACUCUCAGGGCUUUGGUUUCACAUUACGGCACUUCAUAGUCUAUCCACCGGAGUCUGCCCUCCACACUAACUUGAAGGUUGAGGAGAAUGGCAAAGGAAAAGGAGGUGAAAGGUCUCGUCUGGAGCCAGUGGACACUAUUUUUGUGAAGAAUGUGAAAGAGAAAGGGCCAGCCCAUCAGGCAGGCCUGUGCACAGGAGACAGACUGGUGAAGGUAAAUGGAGAAAGUGUGCUGGGAAAAACUUAUUCUCAGGUCAUAGCACUGAUUCAGAAUAGUGAGAAUGUACUGGAGUUGUCCAUCAUGCCUAAAGAUGAGGAUGUGUUACAAUUGGCAUAUUCUCAAGAUGCCUAUCUGAGAGGGAAUGAGCCAUACACUGGAGAAGCCCAAAACCUUCCUGAACCUCCUCCAGUCUGUUAUCCAAGCAGCAAACCCACCUCUACCACUCAGAACCACAGUCUUCCUGACAGCCUCAACUGUAAACCCAACCCCACUCUGGAUAGCUCUGGUAUCAUUGUUGGGUCUCAACGUGCCCAUCACCACCUGACUCAACACUGCCCCGACUCCUCAUCCUCAGCAGGGAUAAUGAACCCGCUGGACUUCCACUUUGCUAACCACAAUGCAGCUAUUGCCUCCGCUUCACUCCCUUAUCCUAGGAAAGGCAGUCUUCCCCAAGCUCGUAGUGAACUGUGUCACCAGGCUCUGUCGAAUUGGUACUACAGCCAAGCGGAGCGACCAGGCCUUGGAAUGUCCCAUCAGCACCGUAGCAUAUCUCAUGACCAGCUGUGUGAGCUGGGACUGGCACUGGGAGGGUCUUACGGUGGGUGGCCAAACAAUCCAUCUCAGGACACCCUUGUUCACCACUACAGUGCAAUGACAGGGGCCAACGACUCCCUGAGGAAGCUAUGUAGGUGGGGUCAAACCUCCAGCCAUUCCUGUUCAGAGAACCUGCUGGCUGCAUAUGCUUCCUAUGAGCAGAGUUACACCUGCUCGCUAGAGACUUUAGAAAAGGCAUCUGUUCUGAUUCUGCCCCAUUACAAAAGACCAGCAUGGCCUCAUCAAAGCAAUCAGCCAAACAGGGUUGAGGAGAGCCCAAGUCUUGCUCAUCAUGAGGUCAUUUCCACAACAGUUCCACCCUCAGAUUGUGGCUUAAGCCAAGCCCAGCAGCCGCCUAUUCAGAUCAAAUGUUUACCUGCACAAGUUAUAAAUGAUCAAAAGGUGGGCUACUGCAGCUACAGCCCCUCCUGCUACCAAAAGCCUAGCCAACUUAUGCAACAGUCUCACUCCUUUAGUGACUCUUCCAACACCAGACCUCACCUCAGCUGGACCCACACCCCACAAACUGACCAACUGCAGAGUAUGUCCUCCACCACUACCCCCGAAUCAGUGCUUAAAGACUCAGCUACAGCAGGCUUGGUGGUUUGUGGGUUUGGUAAGGAGAGUGUUCCAGCUAAGAGUCAGGAGGUAGUGCUUCGAAAAAAGCCCCCCCCAGGCAGAAAUGGAGUGCUACACUCCAACUAUGCUCUACCUGAGGAUACACAAGAACCUCUUUCAGCCAAAGCUAUUCCCUUAAGGUCAGAAGACUCUUUGCAGACUAAUGGUGUCAUACCACCCUCGCUUGUGGAGCAGGACUUCCUGGCCGCCAUUCCUUUCAUAGAUGAAACCACAACUCCCAGUGUAGACCUGUGUGCUCGUCGUGUGCCAGCGUCCUCUGUGGUGUCCAGCAGCCUCUUCCAAGCAUCUGCCCACACCACCAGUUCCAUCGUCACCUCCCCACUUACCAGCUUCCCAUACACAAACUGCAGCAAUCUCAAAAACAGCCGUCGUUCCUCUUACUUGCUGGCCAUUACCACAGAGCGCUCCAAGUCAUGUGACGAGGGUUUGAACACCUUCACAGAUGAAGGCCAUGUUUUCUUGAGACUACCAAAACGUGUCAAAAGUUUUUUCACAGAUGGCUCUCUAGAGAAUCUUCGAGCAGCAGAGGAAGCUCGCUGUAAACGUCACUCCACCUCUGAACUGGGGAACAUCACUCUCACUGACAUCAAGAAAGAAGGCUGGCUGCACUAUAAACAGAUUCUCACUAAUAAGGGAAAGAAAGUGGGCGGAGGUAUGCGGCCUUGGAAACGAGUCUUCUCUGUGCUUCGCACCCAUUCGCUUUUCCUCUACAAGGAUAAGCGGGAGGCAGUGCUUCAUGCAGCUGGGGCAGUAGUUCAUGCUAACAGACACGUGGAGGACGAGCACCCAAUCAGCAUUCGAGGUUGCUUAAUUGACAUUGCAUACAGCGAGACAAAGCGUAAACACACCUUGCGGCUGACAACGCAGGACUUCUGUGAGUACCUGCUUCAGGCGGAGGACAGGGAUGACAUGCUGAGCUGGAUCAGAGUCAUCAGAGACAACAGCAAGACUGACAAUGAGGAACUGGGCUUUUCCAGACAGGCUCUCAUCAAUAAGAAGCUGAAUGACUAUAGGAAACAGAGUCCAACAGGCAACAAGCCAGAUACUUCUCCAAGGAUCCAUCGGAUGAUGCCACCUUUCCUCCUCUCUAAAACUGAAAACAUAUCAGGAGUAAACCGAGCCCCAGGAAAAGAUGAGAGUACUAAGGCUUCAUGGGGCAUUAACAUAACGAAAAAGGGAAAGAAAAUGGGUCCAAAAGCUUUUGGGGUAAGGUUGGAAGACUGUCCGCCUGCUGCCAACAAUAAGUUUGUCCCACAGAUUGUAGAGACUUGUUGUCAUUUGGUGGAGGAGAUGGGUUUGGAAUAUACUGGCAUCUACAGAGUGCCAGGGAACAAUGCAGUGGUGUCUUCACUUCAGGAUCAGCUCAACAAGGGCAUGGAUAUAGACACUACUGAGGAGAAAUGGCGAGACUUGAAUGUCAUCAGCAGUCUUCUGAAGUCCUUCUUCAGGAAACUUCCAGAGCCUCUUUUCACAGAUGAUAAAUAUAAUGACUUCAUUGACGCUAACCGUUUAGAGGAUGCAGGGGACCGCUUGAAGUCCAUAAAGAAACUUAUACAUGACCUGCCGGAUCAUUACUACUACACACUAAAGUUUUUAAUCGGUCACCUGAAAACAGUUGCAGACCAUUCAGAGAAGAAUAAGAUGGAGCCUAGAAAUCUAGCCCUGGUAUUUGGCCCCACACUGGUGCGGACCUCAGAAGACAACAUGAUUAACAUGGUCACUCACAUGCCAGACCGCUACAAGAUCACAGAGACUCUUAUUUUGCAUUAUACGUGGUUCUUCUGUGAUGAGCUGGAUAAGGAUGAAAAGACACCAGAGGACCAGAGGGACAUAGAGCCUGUUCCAAAUAUCGACCAUCUCCUGUCUAACAUUGGUAGGACAGUGCCGCUAGGAGACUCCUCAGAUUCCACCAACAGUGACCCAGCUAAGUCUAAGAGAACAUCAACAUCCAAGAAAGACCUUAGUGCCAAAGACUUCCUCCCCCUGACUAUCAUAUCAGCCGUGACCCGGAAGAGAAAGAAACACCAGAGCACCUGCUCUGCAGACAGCAGCACUGAUGAAGACUCUGAGCAUGAGCCAAUCAAAGCCAGCAACUAUGAGGAAGUCAGUGACAACAGAGAGGUUCCAGGGGACAGCGAAGCAAGACAAAACACAUGCCCACCCCAAAAAUCAGAAAAGACUAAAGAAGUCAACAUGAUGGAGGGAAAACCAAAACAACCAGAAGAGAACCAAGAACAACAGAUGGUGGCAAAGGAGGAGAACACUAUUCUUCAGAAAGAACGGGAUGAGAUAGGAGUGGAGGUUUGUAAGAGAAAACAAACAGGUAGGAUUCGGUCUCAGCACCCUCUGAGCUUCCUGUAUUCACACCGCCAGUGUGUGUCAGGGCUCAAAGCCUCAUCGCAGUCGACCAACUCUUCUUCCUCCCCCUGCUCUCUUCCACCACAGCCCUCAAAUAUCACUCAUAGUCUGACCUGGAGGAAACUGAGAGGAGAAAGAGUGCGACCUCACUCGCUGUAUGUAGAGCCGAGCCGGACUGGAGAGGAGCAGGGCUCAGGGGUGAUACCUGCCUCUUACAUGCACCCUCUGGGCUUCUCAACAGUCAAAGCAUCACUUGUUAGAAGUCAAGAGAAGCUGCGUCUGGCUGUGUCACCCAGUAGGAGCAGCACAGAUCUUCAGCAGGGCUGCAUGUGUCAAGAGCAGGUCAACCGAUCAGCCAAUGGCCUGUGACGUGCAGGAUUGCCAGAGACACGCCGUAAGAGAAGAGACUGGAGGCGCCACACUGUUCUGGUUAAUAUGCCGGGAUAACUAAGCAAUAAUACACUAUAGCACUAAAACAUGAAACACAUAAACAACCCCUUGCCAGCUUUAGCCCUGCUCUUUAAUAAGCUUUAUCGCUUUUGCUUUCUCACCCCCUCCUGUACAAGAGGAGCGCUACUAUGGUAGCUAAAGCGAGUGCCACAACCAUAUGACAGAGCAAAAUUCUUAUUAUAUCAACAAGAGUCAAAAGCUUUAUUAAGCACAAUGUGGCACCUACAAACAGGUGCAGAGAAGUAUUUUGAAUGUUUGAGUGUGAAAAUGCCAUACGGUGCUCCCAACAUCUCACUAUAUAAUAACCCGCGUAUUACAAGGCUACAUGUCAAAUGUAAAAAAAAAAUGUAGUUUAAUUUAAAUUAUUUUACAUUAAUAUUAUCUUAAAGAUUUUGCUAAGAAAGAGCAAAGCAAUCAGCCUGGCAAAAACUCAAAAGUGAGGCUGGUUACAGAUUUACUGCACUGACAAACAAAGCUGCUUGGGUUUAACAUGAUUUCUGUAUGAGCUAUGAUUUAUAUAUUCUUUGUAGUAUCAUGGGUAAUGUCGUUUUUCACUAGGAAUUCUACAGUCAUACACAGUUGUUUAAAAAAAAUGUUAACAUUAUGAGGCUUGGUGCCUUCAAUAAAAGCAUUUAACAUACACUAGAUUAAAUCACUUAUUUGUACGGAUUUUUGGUAGGGAUGUACCGAUGUAUUGGCUAAUAGUCAUAUCAGCCGAUAUAAGCAAUUAUCUGCACUAUUGGUUAUCAGCAAUUGUUCAGAAACAGCCAAUGAUCAGGGCCAAUUAUAUCCUGUCAAUCAAAAGCUAGCAGACAAAUGUGUCAUACAACACCUUUCGGAAACUGUUUCUUAUGUCGAAUUUAGGGCUGUCAAAACAAUAAUAAUGCAGAGACGUUAACGUGAGAUUCUGGUUUACCUUGUUUGUAAUGCUCCUCCCAUCCAGUAAUUACAAAGAGGUUUGUAUUUUAUUACUUCUGAAAAGAAACAAAGAAGAAACAUUUCCUCUCACAAAAUUCAAACAAUAAGAGCCAUUUUGACACUCUUAAAUGUGAAGUGACACACUGCUGUUCAGUUUAAGUGAUGGCUUGUGAACAGUGUCACCUAACGCAGCAUUUAGGCCCUACCUCAGUAACGUUAUCUAGUGUUCACAGUGUUUAAUUACUGUUAAUUAUAUAUGUAUGUUUUAAUAAAUCUGUCAUGAGAACAAGUUUUUAUGAAAACUACAUUAUGUGUAACUGUUGUAAACAUUUUAAGUGUGAUUAUUAUCUGAAAAUAAAUAGCAUUGAAUAUAA